AUCGUGAAUCAAUCCCAAAUGCUAAUUCCGAAGCUCUGACAAUAUUUGGUAUUUUUGGUGUUAUAAAAUUAUUAUCUGGCGAGUAUCUUAUCGUGAUCACCGGCCGGGAACGAAUCGGAAGGUUGGGCAAACACGAUAUUUUUCAGGCAGAUCAAUUUCGAAUUCUUCCUUUUGCAAAAAACAAUCUCCGCCUAUCUGGACAACAGGCGCAAGAUGAGAAACGUUACUUGUCACUUGUUGAAAGUUUGCUUAAAUCUGGAGCCUACUAUUUUUCAUAUACUUACGAUUUGACACAAACCUUACAAAGGCAAGCACAAUUAGGUGACUCGGCCUCAAAACCUUUGUGGCAAAGG